AUUGGUGACAAGAGAGAGACCUGAAAUCCCGUAAACGCUGCUAAGAGAAUUUGGUGAUAAAAAGGGACAUUAUUUAAAUUAAACAAAAAGACAAAGGAAAAUAAUAAAUAGUAUUAAGGUCUGGAAGAGUGGAGAGUUUGGUGGGUCAGUGUGUGAGGUAAAGAAAUUGUUCUCAGUGGACGUAGUGUUUUGCUCCAUGAUGUUGAUGCGUUGAAGCAUAUGUUCAAUUAAUGGGAAGCUCUUGUGAGUGGGUCAAGCCAACAGGUUCAUGUUACUGUGGUACUGAAUGUGAUGCUUGUUUUGGUUGAAUCACAGAUAGCUUUGGUAGAAGUUAAGAACUAAGAACAACCCUUCCACCUGCUGGAACUUAGGAUUCAUUGGAGAAAAGCCAGCUUUUUUUGCAUGAUUUGCCUGUGUUUUCAACUGGGUUUGUUUUAUUGAAGGGAGUUUAAUAGUUCUCUGAAGGAUUAUAUUUGAGGAAUAAGGUCAACAAGCAGGUUGUAAGAACCCAAGAGUUUAAUCAUGUCUGUGACGUUAUUGUGGGUUGUUACCGCCCCGGGCUUUGAGGUUUCCCAUUCCACUGGGUUACUUGAUUCUAUUCGAGAUGUGAAGUUCUUUGAUUCUACAAAGUUUGUAUCCCGUGAGCCAAUUAGAGCAAAGAAAGAUAAGCAAAAGAGAUGGAGAUUUUGCUCUUUGAGUGAAAAUAUGAAGUAUGCAUGUGUUGGUCAGUCUGGCUUAGAAAGUACAAGCAACUUCCGUAUGCUGUCAAAUGUGCUUGCAAACCCUGCUGCAGGAGAAGUGGCUGUUUCAUCAGAGCAGAAGGUCUAUGAUGUGGUGCUGAAGCAGGCAUCUUUGGUUAAGAGGAAGCUGAGCUCUGCAGGUGAACUUGAUGCAAAGCCAGAUAUUGCUCUGCCGGGGAAUUUGAGCUUGUUGAGUGAAGCAUAUGACCGUUGUGGAGAAGUUUGUGCAGAAUACGCCAAAACAUUUUACCUGGGAACUCUUCUAAUGACUCCUGAAAGGCGAAGAGCUAUCUGGGCAAUAUAUGUGUGGUGUAGGAGAACAGAUGAACUUGUUGAUGGCCCUAAUGCUUCCCAUAUUACACCAUUUGCUUUGGAUAGGUGGGAAUCGAGAUUGGAAGAACUUUUCCAAGGUCGUCCGUUUGAUAUGCUUGAUGCUUCUUUAUCAGAUACAGUUUCCAAAUUUCCUGUUGAUAUCCAGCCAUUUAAAGAUAUGAUAGAAGGAAUGAGAAUGGAUCUUUGGAAAUCAAGAUACAAAAACUUUGAUGAAUUAUAUCUCUACUGCUACUAUGUUGCUGGGACUGUUGGUUUAAUGAGUGUUCCAGUCAUGGGCAUUUCACCGCAUUCACCGGCCACAACAGAGAGUGUAUACAAUGCUGCCUUGGCCCUUGGAAUUGCAAAUCAGCUUACCAACAUACUUAGAGAUGUUGGAGAGGAUGCAAGCAGAGGAAGAGUGUAUCUACCACAAGAUGAGUUGGCUCUAGCAGGGCUUUCUGAUGAUGACAUAUUUGCUGGCAAGGUGACAGACAAGUGGAGAAACUUCAUGAAGAGCCAAAUUAAAAGGGCAAGAAUGUUUUUUGACAAGGCAGAAAAGGGAGUGAUGGAGCUUAAUGAAGCUAGCAGAUGGCCGGUAUGGGCAGCAUUGCUAUUGUAUCGCCAGAUAUUGGAUGAGAUAGAAGCUAAUGAUUACAAUAAUUUCACCAGGAGGGCUUAUGUGAGCAAAGCCAAGAAGUUACUUUCUUUGCCAAUUGCCUAUACUAAAUCUAUGGUUCCUCCAAGCAAGUUAUCUCCUAUAGUGAAGGCAUAGAUCCAACGCCAUACAAAAGUUAUGUAAAAAAAUGGAUAAGGAGGACCAUAAAAAAAGGGAAAGCACAAUUUGUACAUGAUGAAAUAAGGCUUGUAUUCAUUUUCUAAAUUUUAGUUAAUAUUGGAUUUCGUAUUCAUAUUUUUUUUUAUCUUUUUAAUUUGGGAAAUCUGAGUUAUGAAUUAUUUGGAUACAGCCACAUUUUGAUAAUUUAUUGUUACCUUUAU